GCACGGGCGUGCAGCACACAGACAUCAGCCAGAGGGAAGAAGAGUUCGCAUUAGAACAGGAUUAAAGCCAGACCUAUCUUAACGCUCCAUGGAACAUUCCACACCUUACUCACAACCCUCGCCGCCGUCCUCGGUGGCAGACCAGACCUGGGAUAAAGCUCUCAUAGAGGACCCCGCCUACGCUUCCCAAAUCCUCGAUGAUGAGAUAAAUGAUGCCAGCUCUUUGCCAGCACGUCUCAUUCGACUGGCACGCCUUGUGUCCGAAAGCAACUUGAGACCUCUAACAGACUCUACCACACUACACCAAUACGUCGAAAAGAUAGAAGACCUGCUCGAUCCACGUCCGGCCUUGUCACAGGAAAUCGCGCGUUGUCGUCCGCGUGCCUCAUCCCGACCACCCAGCCCGGAAAGCUCUCCACGAAGCCCACAUAUAAAUUCUCGGGGCAUACCAUUACCGUCCACAGCAGAUCCCGUCGCUUCUGUCCAGGAAAUAUCGCAUUCCCAGCUCAAGAGUCUACUCGGCGAAAUUACAACGAUGAAGGCAGAAUUCAGUGAACGCCGUAAAGAGUCGCUUGAGAUCCACAGCUUGCUCAUUCAAGAGCGCCAGGCGCUGAACCGGAGAUUGUCAGAGCUAGAUGAGGAGAUACAUGAGCUCCGUAAUGAUAUUCUCGAAGAUUCAGCGGAACGAGAGGCCAUGCAAGGAACGAUCAACGGGCUGGAGAUUUGGUUGGAUGACUGGCAUAAGCACCACAUGUUAGCCGUGGCGGAGAGACCCACCAUGAAAUAUCAACGAAAGAGUCAACGGCGCUGGACAAGGUGUUCCAAGGAAGAACAAUAUAGUACCGACGGUGAUGUGCUUUUUGAGGGUAUCGCAGCAUGGAUGAGGGGCUGGAAGGACGUCGAGGAGGGUUUCCAGAACCGACAGAGAGGUCGCCACCUGAGAAGGGAACAAAGACGAAAAGAACAAAUGCAAAAGGCAGAAGGACCGUUCCUAAAGAAGGGUGAAUUGAUGGGAUUAGGGCUCACUGCUCUAGAGGAAAUGGACAAUAAAUUGGGAAACUAAGCUCCUGCGAUGCUACCCAGAGCAGAGAUGCCAGAGGUUCUGAGGGAGUUGUUGCCCCACAAAGCUGAAACCAGGCGGCGCGCACUUGCGCCGGAUCAUUCGACCAAAAAACAAAUGGUACAAAGCGAGGAAAAGAAAUGAAGCCACAAGAGCCACCGUUAUCAUCCCGCAAAAUCGCCAACCGCCGCUUUUGCUGCCUGAAAUCCAACCUGCGCCGUUUAUCUAAUCCACGUGUUUAGCGAAUCAAAAACUAUCAUUAUGUAGUAUAGCUGUGAGGAUGUAAUCUGUAGACGUGAUAGGUGC